AAUCAUCCUCAUAUCAGAUCCAGAUCUAGAAGAAGGCGUCUUCAUAAACGUCUUCGCACUUUCUCUCCUUUCUCAGCGUUCCAUAUAGUUUUCUCUUUCCAUUUCCUUCGUUUUUUCAUUACCGAAAAUGAGAGAGUGCAUCUCAGUUCACAUCGGUCAGGCCGGUAUUCAGGUCGGAAAUGCUUGCUGGGAGCUUUACUGUCUCGAACACGGCAUUGGUCCUGAUGGCCAAAUGCCAAGUGACAAGACCGUUGGUGGAGGUGAUGAUGCUUUCAACACCUUCUUCAGCGAGACUGGUGCUGGAAAGCAUGUUCCCCGUGCUGUAUUUGUAGAUCUGGAGCCGACUGUUAUCGAUGAGGUGAGGACUGGAACUUAUCGCCAGCUUUUCCACCCAGAGCAGCUCAUCAGCGGCAAAGAAGAUGCCGCCAACAACUUUGCCCGUGGUCAUUAUACCAUUGGAAAAGAGAUUGUUGAUCUGUGUUUGGAUCGUAUCAGAAAGCUUGCUGACAACUGCACUGGUCUCCAAGGGUUUUUGGUUUUCAAUGCUGUUGGUGGAGGAACUGGUUCUGGUCUUGGUUCUCUGCUCCUGGAACGUCUUUCUGUUGAUUACGGAAAGAAGUCCAAGCUUGGAUUCACCGUCUACCCCUCACCUCAGGUUUCAACCUCUGUUGUUGAGCCAUACAACAGUGUCCUCUCCACCCACUCCCUCUUGGAGCACACCGAUGUUGCUGUUCUUUUGGACAAUGAAGCUAUCUACGACAUUUGCAAGCGGUCCCUCGACAUUGAGCGCCCUACCUACACCAACCUCAACCGUCUGAUCUCCCAGGUGAUUUCAUCCUUGACUGCUUCUCUAAGGUUUGAUGGUGCCCUCAAUGUCGAUGUGACUGAAUUCCAAACUAACUUGGUCCCGUAUCCUAGAAUCCAUUUCAUGCUUUCUUCAUAUGCUCCUGUUAUCUCAGCUGAGAAGGCUUAUCAUGAGCAGCUUUCGGUUGCUGAAAUUACCAACAGUGCUUUUGAGCCAUCAUCCAUGAUGGCCAAGUGUGAUCCUCGCCAUGGAAAGUACAUGGCUUGUUGUCUGAUGUACCGUGGUGACGUUGUUCCCAAAGACGUGAACGCAGCUGUUGGAAUGAUCAAAACCAAGAGGACCAUUCAGUUUGUUGAUUGGUGCCCUACUGGUUUCAAGUGUGGUAUUAACUACCAGCCACCAACUGUUGUUCCUGGAGGUGACCUUGCUAAGGUUCAGAGAGCUGUUUGCAUGAUUUCAAACUCCACCAGUGUAGCUGAAGUGUUUGGUCGCAUUGAUCACAAGUUUGAUCUCAUGUAUGCCAAACGUGCUUUUGUUCACUGGUAUGUGGGUGAGGGUAUGGAAGAAGGUGAAUUUUCCGAAGCUCGUGAGGAUCUUGCUGCUCUGGAAAAGGAUUAUGAAGAAGUUGGUGCUGAAUCUGGUGAGGGUGAUGAUGAAGAUUUGGGCGAUUACUAGAAUCUAUUUCAGAUUCUUGUUUCCAUGGUUUUUUUAUGUAUCUGUCAUCGAUGUGCGGGUGUUCUUUUGGAUGCAUUGUUUUCAUAAUCGGUUGUUUUUUAAAUAUAUGUUGUUCUAGACCUAAAGAUGUUAUCUACCUUUCAAUGACAUUAUCUCUUAAGUAAUUGGAAGCUAUUGUAUUAAAUUUUUAGAUC